CCGUUGCUUCAUCUUUCUUGCUUCUUUCACUUGUGAACUUCUUGAGAUUUUUCUGUCAGCUCAAUUUCACAACAAUGGCGAUCGUUAGUCUCACCUCCUUCGUUCUCUUCGCACUCAUGCUCUGUCUCCCUCUACCUUCCGUCGCAGUCCCAUCGGGAGAGCUGGAAAUAGCCAUCUCAGUCCUCCGUGUCAGAGGCCGCGCUCUAUUCGCAAACGCCAUCACCACCUCCGAUAUCCUCUUCGAUCUCCUCUCCGCCGAGUCUCUCACCCUCCUAGUCCCCACCGACGCCAUGCUUUUUGACCUCGACAUGAGGUACUCUCUCCCCAUGUACAUCUCCACCCUCCGUCUCCACGCCUUACCUCUCCGCCUCACGAUUUUCGAGCUCCGAUCACUCUCUAACGCCUCCUCCGUCCCGACCUUCCUCCCCUCACACUCACUUCUUCUCACUAAGCCUUCUUCCUCCGAUUCCGUUUAUCUCGACGGCGUCGAAGUUUACCUACCUGGUCUUUUCUAUGACCAGCAUAUCGCCGUCCAUGGUCUCGCCAAUAUUCUCCAGCUCUGCAGAUCGCAUUGGGCGGAACUCGAGAACGGCGCCUUUGCUUUGCCACCUAUGGUUGAUUCGCCGUCAUUUUCACCGUCAUAUUCGCCAUCAUACUCGCCAUCGCCAAGGAGCACGUGGUGGAUUUCACCGUCGCCAGAAGAUUACAUCGAGUUUUUUGGCCGUACACCAGCAGAGCCGCCGCGGAUUGGGGAGGUUCCAGUUUCACAACCGCCGUUGGAAGAAGAUCUGAUCGUUGGUGAUGGGGAUUCUUGGACUACCGGAUUCUGAUGGACACGUGGUCUUAUCUUACUGGACCAUUCAUUUUCUUGUGCCAACUCGAAAGAUUAAAAUGCAAAGACGCUUCUUUUUUUGGAUUUUGUAAAUUUCAUAGGAAAUGCAUGUUUACUGGUGU